CCAAUCUCACGAAGCCCACCCACGCUAGCCCCGGGUCAUCCGCACGCCCCAAUUGUGCUGGGUGAGACCGAGCUUUGCAUUUGAAGAGCGCUUGGUACUUUGCAGCCAUGGUGACCAUCUCUCACUACAAGAUCUCCAACACGCUCGGCGUGGGAACCUUUGGCAAGGUGAAGAUGGCUGAGCAUACCUUAACCGGCCAGAAGGUAGCCAUCAAGAUCAUCAACAAGCGAAAGAUGGAGCACAUGAACAUGCAUGAGAAGAUCAGGAGAGAGAUUCAAAUCUUGCAGUUCCUGAAGCAUCCUCAUGUCAUCCGCUUGUACGAGUUGCUUGACACCCCGAGCGACAUCUUCAUGGUCAUGGAGUAUGUGCCCGGGGGCGAGCUUUUUGACCACAUCGUCCAUAAGCUGAAGCUCCAGGAGGACGAAGCCAGAAGAUUCUUUCAGCAGAUCCUUUCCGGUGUGGAGUACUGCCACCAAUGCAUGGUUACGCACAGAGAUCUCAAGCCAGAGAAUCUCCUUUUGGACUCUAAUUUGCAUGUGAAAAUCGCAGACUUCGGCUUGUCCAACACAAUGCGUGACGGGGAGUUCCUGAAAACCUCCUGCGGCUCUCCGAACUAUGCGUCGCCCGAGGUGGUGACUGGCAAGGCCUAUGUGGGUCCUGAGGUGGACGUUUGGUCCGGUGGGGUGGUGCUGUACGCGCUGCUCUGCGGCACGUUGCCCUUUGAUGAUGAGAACGUGCCAAAUCUUUUCCGCAAGAUCAAGCACGGCAACUUCACCCUGCCAGGUCAUCUCUCCAGUGAGGCCAAGGACCUCAUUGUGCAAAUGCUGGUGGUGGAUCCAACCAGGCGCAUCACUUUUGCCCAAAUUCGCAAGCACAGCUGGUUCCAGAAGGACCUGCCCGAGUACCUGGCUGCGCCGUUAAAUCUGGCGGCUGAAAAGCUGGAGUACCAGGCGGACAUCAUUGAGGAGCUGGAGGACAUGGGUCUCAAGAUUACGGACAAGGACAACUUGAAGCCGGAGGAGAAGGUGGCUUACCACUUGCUGGCGGACCGCGCCUCGAAGCAGAGCAGCUUCUCCAACCUUUUGCGCAAGGAUCCUGCUGCGAACCCUGCCGCGAACAAUGCCCUGAAGCUGUUCGAUGAUGAGGAUGUUGAGAGCGUCAGCAGGAAGUUUGACCAGGAGAGCUCGGCCCCAAUCUACAAGAUUGCAGUGGCUUCUGACCGUGCCAUGCUGGGGAUGCAGGCCGUGUCAGCUCUGGAGUGUCCUUGGCGCCUGGGUUUGGAAGCCGUCAUGGAGGCGGCAGUGCUCAUGACCGAAGUCCUGCUGAACCUGCGGGACUUGGGCUACGAGUGGCACAACGUCACUCCCUGGCGCGUGCGGGCGCGGCCGUUGGUACCCCAGAUGGGCAUCAUGCUCACGGUGCAGGUGUACAAGUGCUCUGCUGGCAAGUACCUGGUUGACGUGCUAGUGCCGCAGGGCCCUUCUCUUCCCGCGGUGCAAGCAGCGCUUCAAUUCAUCCGCCGGCUUUCCGAGCGGGAGGCUGUUGCCAGCAACAUCGUCACAAGGCCGCAGAUGAGCCGCGGCGCAGGCUACUCCACGCUGUCUAGGCGAUGAACAUUCACACCAGAAAGGGCCCUCAUG